AUGUCGCCAAGAAAACAUGGUGGGUCAUUGGAUGACGAUAAACUUUUUGAAAAUGUAUCAAAGGAUGAUUGUGAAAUUAUAAAAAAAUUUACUUUGGGUGUAUGUGCUAUGGAAAGUAAAUUAGAAAGUGCACCGAUGGAAUGUAUAUUAAAACGGUUAGCUAAAAGUGGAGACUUUAAUAUAAUAAAAUUUAAAGAAGAUGUUAUAUUAAAUCAAGAUAUAGAUUGUUGGCCAGUUGUGGAUUGUUUGAUAGCAUUUUAUUCAUACGGGUUUCCAUUAAAAAAGGCAAUUGAAUAUGUAAAAAAAUAUAAUCCUAUAACAUUAAAUAAUUUAGAGAAACAAUUAAUAUUAAGAUCAAGAUUACAAGUAUAUGAAGAAUUAAAAAAAUGGAAAGUCCCACAUGCAAAUUAUGUGGUUGUUGAUCAUGAUACAGUAAAAAGAGGAGAACAUGUAUUUGAAGAAUAUUACGAUUAUAUUGUUUAUGAUAAUAUAAGAUUAAAUAAACCAUUUAUAGAAAAACCAAUAAAUGCUGAUAACCAUAAUAAUUGGAUUUAUUAUCCUAAAAAUACAGGAGGAGGAUGUAAAAAGCUAUUUAGAAAAAUAAAAGAUCGAAGUAGUGAAUAUUGUCCUGAUAUACAUCAAGUUCGAACUAAUGGGACAUAUAUAUAUGAAGAAUUUUUAUCAACCUUUGGUACAGAUAUAAAGGUUUAUACGGUUGGGCAAAUGUUUGCACAUGCUGAAGCAAGAAAAUCACCUGCAUUAGAUGGAAAAGUAUGUAGAACAUCAGAAGGAAAAGAAGUUCGAUAUGCUGUUAUAUUAUCUGAAGCAGAAAAAAUAAUUGCAUAUAGAAUUGUUGAAGCAUUUCAACAAACAGUUUGUGGGUUUGAUAUUUUAAGAACAGCUAAUGGUCCAUUUGUAUGUGAUGUAAAUGGGUGGUCUUUUGUUAAAGGGAAUAUAAAAUAUUAUAAUGAUUGUGCACAUAUAUUAAGGGCAAUGUUUUUAGCAAAACUAGAAGAAAAAUAUAAUAUAAUACCAAGAGAUUUAGCUGAUAAUUGGUAUAAUAUUGAAAAUGAGGAAGAAGUUUUAAGAAAAACUUUUAGACAACCUGAUGAUUUACAUUGUUCACAUCAUGAAGAAUUAUGUUCUGUAAUUAUUGUUAUGAGACAUGGUGAUAGGAAACCAAAACAAAAAAUGAAAUUUAUAACAGAUAAAACAUUAUUUUUAGAAUAUUUUAAUAAUGAUGAUAGUUUAUAUAAUCUAAUUGAUAAUAAAAUUACUCAUGAUAGUUCUACAGGACUUAGUACAACUGGUAGUGGUGUUGCAUCAAGUAGUUUAGGUAGCACAAUGCAUCUAAAUACUUCUUCCGCUGUUUACAAUUAUGAUAUAUCAAAUAAAAAUGGAUCGAACUGUACAGGCUUAAAUAAUAUUUCUUUAGAAAAAAAAAUGGCCUGUAGUGAUGUAGAAAAACAAGAUGAAUCCCCAAAAAAAACUAAUUCACAAGAUAAUGAAGAAAGAAAACGUAACUUACAAAAAAAAUAUACAAAAAAACAAAUAAAAUUUAAAUCACCUGAAGAAUUACAAGAUCUUUUCCUACGAAAUAAUAUAAUAUUAAAUGAGAUUGAAAAAGAAAAUAAACAUCUAAAAGAGGAAAUAACUCAAAUUCAAAAUAAUUAUAAUGAGCAAGUUGAAAAUAAUUCAAAAAAUGGGGACCAAGUUAAAGAUGAUAAUGAUUUAUCUGAAUUAGAAGCAAAACGUACAGAAUAUGAAGUCAUGAUUGAGAAUCAUAAAACAUUGUAUAAAAUUUUAGAAAGAGGAGAUGGGUUUACUGGUAUAAAUAGAAAAAUUCAAUUAAAGCCAGUUGAUUUUGAAGUUAUAAAUGAUAAAAUAAUAGUAACAAAAAUAUUAGUAGUAGCAAAAUGGGGAGGUGAAUUAACAAGAAUGGGAAGAAGACAAUCUGAAAAUUUAGGAAAAAGAUUUAGAGCAACUUUAUAUCCAGGUGAUUCAGAUGGUUUAUUAAGAUUACAUUCAACUUUUAGACAUGAUUUUAAAAUAUUUACAUCGGAUGAAGGUAGAUGCCAAAUUACAUCUGCUGCUUUUACAAAAGGGUUUCUAGAUUUAGAUGGAGAAUUAACACCUAUAUUAGUAGCUAUGGUUAUAAGAAAUUCAAAAGCUCAUAGUCUAUUAGAUGAUAAUAGUCCAAGUAUAGAAAGAACAAACUGUAAAACUUAUAUUGAUAAUGUUUUAAAUGAAGAUAAAAAUAUCGAUGAUGAGUUAUUAAAAAAAUUAACUUGUGGAAAAUAUUCUAGAGGGUUUAGAGAAUCAUUAAAAAAAAUAUCAAACUUUUAUGAAUUAAUGGAAAAAAUUAGAAAAACUAUUUAUGAAUUUUUAAAAAAUUUAAAUCAAGAAGUACAAAAGUGGUUAAAUCUUUUUCCAUAUGAUCAUUAUGCAUUAUAUGUUAUUGACAUUUUACAUGAAAUUCAAGUUCGAUGGAAAUCAUUAACUAAAAUGUGGUUUAAAAAAAAUAUAAAUAAAUAUGAUACUUCAAAAAUUCCAGAUAUUGUAGAUAAUGUUCGAUUCGAUUUAAUACAUCAUCAUUCUUAUUUAGGGAAUGGAUUAGAUAAAGCUUUUGAAAUAUAUAAUUUAAUUGAGCCUUUAUCAAAUUUAAUAUCCCAAGCAGAAUAUGGUAUAACUCCUGAAGAAAAAGUUAAAAUUGGUGUUAACAUUGUUGGAAAAUUAAUUCGAAAACUUAUACAUGAUGUAACUUAUUAUAGAGAUGAAGAAGAGAGAAGUAAAAAAAAUGCAAAAGGUAGUACUGCUAUUAAGGAUGCAUAUCAUAUAUCUUAUAUGCAUUCUCGUUCGAUUGCUCGUAGUGAAGAUCCUAAACAACCUUAUUCACAAUCAGGUUCUAAAUUAUCAGAGCAUGGUUCAGAAGCGACUGACCGUGAUUCACAAAAACCCUUUAGUGUUUGUAAAGAUGAUGCUAAAAGAAAUUUAUUAGAAAAUUUUCCAUUUACUAAAUUAGGGAAUGAUGAUAAAAAGAUUGAAAAAGAUAAAAAGUCAAGUAGGGAUGCACAAUUAUACAAUGAUAUUCGAACAGAUAAAGCCACAUCUCCUAUUAAUAAUAAUUCUGAUACUUCUGAUGUAUUGAGUGUUAAAAGUUUAACAUUUUCUACUGCAUCUACUUUAGAUGCAAAAAGAACAGCCAAAAAUACCUUUUUACAUAAUCAUUUAAUUUCGCCUCUAAAAAAUGAAGAAAGAAAACCCAGACAUACCCUAUCCGCUACUACCAAUCUAUGCAAUGAAUAUAAAAUAAAUAAUAAAGAAAAAUUAAAUGGAAAUAUAAAAUCAGACCAUAUUGAAAAUGGUAAUAACAUUGAUAGCCAUUUUCCAAAUAAUUACGUAAUAAAAAUCGGAGAAAUUAAAUCCACAAAUGGUGAUAAAAAUAAAACCACCGAAACAAAUGCAAAUACAGAUAAAAAGGAUACCUUUGAAAGUCAGGAUAAAAAUAGUGCAAAUAAAAAUUCAACAAAUAGUAACAUUGUGAAUGGAUCACCCCGAAAAAAUUAUAAUAUUAACACAUCUAAUAGUAAUAAUUAUGGACUUAAUAAUUCUAUAUAUAAAUUGGGUUCUAGUUAUAUUAAUGGUGAAGAUACCGAUACAAGUAGCUAUAUAAAUAACUAUUCAUAUAAUAAUUAUACUAAAGAUGAUAUUCCUAAUAAAUUUUUAAAUAAAAAAGAAGCAGUUGUUAUAAACUCUUCUGAUUUAUGGGCUCAUCAAAAUAAGUAUAGAAAAGAAAAUAGUGAAAAACAAAAAAUUAAAAAAAUUAAAAAUCAAAAAGAAGUAGAACCUGUUGAAAAACGUGGGGACAAUGUUACUGGAAAUACAAAUGGUGAUUCAAAUUCCGGUUCAAUUUUAGAUAAGCAUGGAUCUGAUGUUAUUAAAACAGAAGCAAAUAAUGCACCAGCUGAUAAUAGUAAGGAAAACUUUACAAAUAGUGAAACAAAUAAUAGUAACAAAAAUAUAUGCACAAAAGAAUCGAAUAGUAAGGUGUCUGAUAAUGAAGUUAGGAAAGGGAUAUGUACAAGUACCGAGAAAAACGAAAAUGAAAAUCAAGAUAAAUCCAUAUCAAAACAAGAGAUAAAAAAUUCGAAUGAACAAACUUCACAAAAUAAUAUACUUGUGAAAGAAAAUAACAAUAAAGUAGAUGAAAAAAGUGUUAAUAAAUCUGAACAAGAAGAAAAAAAAGAUGCAGAUUCUAAAGAAAUAGAUAAAAAAGUAGAUGUGAAAAUAGAAGAAAAUGAUGAAAAUAAUAAUGUAACAAAAAAUCAAGAGAAUGAAAUCGAAAAAAAUGAACAAUUAGAAGAUGGAGAACAAGAUGAACAUGAUGAAGGUGAAGUACAAGAUGAUGGAGAAGAUAUAAUAAGAUUAAAAGAACCAGAUGCAAGAAGAUUAGGUAUUAGAUCCCCUUGGAGAAUGGUUAGAUCCCGAUAUUAUGUUACAUCUGCAUCUCAUAUGAUGUCUUUAUUAAAUAUAUUAAUACAUUCAAAAAAUGCAGAUAGUUCAAUAAGCCAAAAUAUUAUUGAUAAUGAUUCCAUAAAAAGUAUAGGAGAUGUUACAGAUUUGCAUUAUUUAUCACAUCUAGUUUUUAGAGUUUGGGAAAGAAAACAUCUAAAAAGAAACGACAGCAAUCGAUUCCGUAUCGAGAUUUUGUUUAGUUCAGGUGCCAAAGAUGGGUUCGGACAAAAUUAUGAACUUAUAGAAAAAGAUGCAAAAGCACAACAACAAAAAUAUGAAAGACAUAUUAAUAGAUAUCUAGCUGAAAGUAAAAAAGAAUUAGAGAAAAAUGAAAAAAAUCAAAAUGUUAAUAAUUCUUCUACUGCUGAAGAGAAUGAUAAUAAAGUAUCAGAAGAUUUAAAUACCGUUACAGAAUUAAAGAAAGAUGAAAAAGGUGAACAAUUUACAUCUAAUAUGGUUGAAAAAGAUGGAAAUAAAAAAUAUACAUUUGAUUCGAUUCCAAAUAUAUUGAGUCAUCCAUUAAAUAUGCCUUCAACCAAUUAUAAAGAAAAACAAGAAAGUCGGAGCAGUGUAAAUACAACUAUUCCAAACCCAAUUGAAAGUAAAGUUUUAGAGAAUCUUAAUAAGAACCUUGAUUCAAAGAAUCCAGAUUUUCUCACAUCUACACCAAAAAAAACGAGUGAAUCUGUAACAUCUAAAGAUGCAAAUAUUAGUAAUACGAAAGAAACGUUAGGAAAAGAUAUACAUUCUUUUUCAAAUAAUUGGAAGAAUAAAGAAACAAUAUUAAAUUCAUUGAAAGAAUUUAGAUUUGAAAGUAAUCUAAAAAUAAAUAGUGAGUUUUAUAGAAAAGAAUUAUCAUAUUCAUUUGAACAUUUUAGAGAAAAAAUUAAUAAAUAUAAUAAUCGAUCAAGAAAAUAUAUGGUUAGAUCUAUUAGUUCCGAUUUAAGAAAAAAUAUGUAUAAGAAUAAAGAUAUAUUAAAAUUAAACUUUGACAAAAAAGAAAAAGAAGAUGUCACAAAAGACAAUUUGCUAACAUAUGAAAAUGAAUGUAUACGGAUACGAUCACAUGAAAAUCUUCGAAAAUCUUAUCGAAGUUUUUCAUAUCGAAGUAAUGCAUCUUUACAUGCAGAUUUAAAAGAUAUGGACAAUAAUAUUAAUAGUAAAAUAAAAACAAAUAUAAAUAAUAUAAAUAGUAUAACACCUAAUGAAAAUAAAAAUAAAAUAAAUUUUGAGAACAAUUUAGAUAAUAAUAAAGAUGAAGAAGAAAAAAAAAAAAAUCUUUUCUCUCAUGUUUUUCAACACUUUAAUGAAGAUAAAAAACAUUCAACUUGUAAUUUAAAAUUUUUUUAUAAAACUUAUAUGCCAGAUUAUGAAAAAAUUAUAGAAAAUGAUAAAAAGUCUGAAACAUUUGAUGUCCCUCCAUAUUGUGAAUUAGCUCCCUUAAUUGUUUUAACAAAAAAUUGUCAGCUAUCUACAUUUGAAAAUAUAUUAACACAGAUUGUAAAUAAAUACUCUAAAACAAGCAAAAAUAAAGACAAAUUAAAAUCGCAAAAAAAUGGAAAAACAGAACAAAAGUAA